GUCAGGACUUCGCAAUCCCCAGCAGUCACACACCGAGAGGUGCCUGGACGGGAAGGAGCUCGCCUCGCCAGACCGUUCCCGGGGAUUUGUGCUCUCCCGCCCUCCUCCUUUCUCUCUCUCUCCUUCUCGCUGGGCUCCAUUGCACGCCCCUUCCCUCCCUUCUGGCUCCCGAGCUCCCUUCCCGGGGCAAAGCAGAGGGAACGCGGAGCCGGAGAAGACGGCGAAGGCGCCCCAAGGCAGAGCCCACUCCUGCGGCCCGAGGAUGUCACCCCGGGCGGGAUGUAAAUGAGGUCGACGCGAGGAAGGAGGCGGCGACGACGGCGGCGGGGGCCCUUCUUCUCCUUCGUCCCCCUUUUUGUAUUUUCUCCCCCUUUUCCAGCGCCUCACCCACUUGGCAGAAACACUGAGCUCAGCCCGGAGGCUUGAUCUUGGCACCUCCGGAGAGACAGGCACGGGAAGCAGAGGAGGACUCCGAUCCCACCUGGCGCUCUUUUGCACCUAGCGCUCUUUUGUUGUGCUUUUUCCUCCCAGACCGACCCAAAGAAUUGUCUUUUUCCCCCCCAAUCACUUACUUUUUCCCCUUUGAAAGCCCCCUUUCUAUUUGAUUUCCACCUUUCCUUGUCUUCUGGAGGGGGAAAAGGAGCAGCCCGGGAAGGAAAUGUGGACUUAAGCUCGCGCUGAAGAAGGAAGAGCCGAGAGAGAAGCAGAGGAGCCGCUGCGGUUUGCGCUGCCUCCCAACCCGUUGCCCUCGCCGCCUUGCUCGCCUUCCUCCUUCCCAGCCGGCUCUCUUUCGGGCUCCCCUCCUCGGCUCCCCCUCCAGGCUCUCGGGCCUGGCCAAGAUCCGGAGCCAGGGGCUCAGCCGGCACCCCCAGAUGCGAGGCAAACCACGGCCCGGCUUUGGCUGCCAACCCAAAGUUAUGAAGAUCAAUGAUGUAGAACACCCACUUGAAUGACCCAGGACAUUUAUUACUGGAAUCUCUAAGGGAUAAAAAGAAGAUACUUUAAAAGGGGGGUCAAUAAUGGUGGCUUCUGAUUGCAGAAUGAAAAGGUUUUGGCUACUUCUUAUAGUCAGCUUCCUGCAGUGCACAGAAGGCUUCAGUCGAGCUGCAUUACCAUUUGGUUUGGUAAGGAGAGAACUGUCCUGUGAGGGCUACUCCAUUGAUCUUCGGUGUCCAGGAAGUGAUGUCAUUAUGAUAGAAAGUGCUAACUAUGGACGGACAGAUGACAAGAUAUGUGAUGCUGACCCCUUCCAGAUGGAGAACACAGAAUGUUUCCUUCCUGAUGCCUACAAAAUUAUGACGCAAAGGUGUAACAACAGAACUCAGUGUAUAGUAGUUACUGGGUCAGAUGUAUUUCCUGAUCCCUGUCCUGGAACAUAUAAAUACCUCGAAGUCCAAUAUGAAUGUGUCCCUUACAUUUUUGUUUGCCCUGGGACGUUGAAAGCUGUUGUGGAUUCUCCAAAUUUAUAUGAAGCUGAACAGAAAGCAGGUGCCUGGUGCAAAGAUCCUCUUCAGGCUGCAGAUAAAAUAUACUUCAUGCCAUGGACUCCAUACCGUACCGAUACUUUGAUAGAAUACGCUUCUUUAGAGGACUUCCAAAAUGGACGGCAACAGACGACAUAUAAGCUUCCAAAUCGAGUGGAUGGUACAGGAUUUGUGGUGUAUGAUGGUGCAGUCUUUUUCAACAAGGAAAGAACCAGAAACAUUGUAAAGUUUGACUUGAGGACUAGAAUUAAGAGUGGAGAAGCUAUUAUAAAUUAUGCCAAUUACCAUGACACUUCCCCUUACAGAUGGGGGGGAAAGACUGACAUUGAUUUGGCAGUUGAUGAAAAUGGCUUGUGGGUAAUUUAUGCUACAGAACAAAACAAUGGAAUGAUAGUUAUUAGCCAACUGAACCCAUAUACUCUGCGUUUUGAAGCAACAUGGGAAACAACGUAUGACAAACGGGCAGCAUCCAACGCUUUUAUGAUAUGUGGGGUUCUCUACGUUGUGCGAUCAGUUUAUCAAGACAAUGAAAGUGAAACUGGCAAAAACUCAAUUGAUUACUUAUAUAAUACCAGGUUAAAUCGAGGAGAAUAUGUAGAUAUUCCUUUUCCCAACAUGUACCAUUACAUUGCUGCUGUGGAUUACAAUCCUAGAGACAAUCAACUUUAUGUGUGGAACAACAACUUCAUCCUACGAUAUUCUCUCGAAUUUGGCCCUCCUGACCCUGCUCAAGUGCCUACCACAGCAGAGACAAUAACCCCUUCCACAGAACUGUACAGGACAACUGUAUUAACUACAAGUACAACACCACAAAAGGUUCCCAUUAGCACAACAUUAGCUACAACAAGAGAAGAUAACAAAGGUCCCAAACCACCCCCAGCAAUUUCUACAACCAAAAUCCCUCCUGUUACAAGUUUUUUCCCUUUGCCAGAGAGAUUCUGUGAACCUGAUAUGGCUAGGGGGAUUAGCUGGCCUCAGACUCAAAGAGGAAUCAUGGUGGAACGCCCGUGCCCCAAAGGAACCCGUGGAACAGCUUCAUACCUCUGCAUGAUUUCCACUGGAACAUGGAACCCUAAGGGCCCUGAUCUUAGCAACUGUACUUCACACUGGGUAAAUCAGCUGGCUCAGAAGAUCAGAAGUGGAGAGAAUGCUGCUAGCCUUGCCAAUGAACUGGCUAAACACACCAAAGGACCAAUCUUUGCUGGUGAUGUGAGUUCAUCAGUCAGACUGAUGGAACAGCUGGUGGACAUUCUUGAUGCUCAGCUACAAGAUUUGAAACCUAAUGAGAAGGACUCUGCUGGACGGAGUUAUAACAAGCUCCAAAAGCGAGAGAAGACAUGCAGGGCUUACCUUAAGGCUAUCGUUGACACGGUGGACAACCUGCUUAGAGCUGAAGCUCUAGAAUCCUGGAAAGAUAUGAAUUCUUCUGAACAAGCACAUGCCGCAACAAUGUUACUAGACACACUAGAAGAAGGGGCUUUUGUCUUAGCUGACAAUCUCUUAGAACCAACAAGAGUCGCAAUGCCUACAGAUCACAUUGUUUUAGAGGUUGUGGCGCUCAGUACAGACGGGCAGGUGCAGGACUUGAAAUUUCCUCAGGGCAACGCGGGAGGCAAUUCAAUCCAGCUCUCUUCAAGCACUGUAAAACAACAUAGCAGAAAUGGUGUAGCAAAGCUGGUUUUCAUCAUUUACAAAAGCUUAGGUCGGUUUCUCAGUACUGAAAAUGCAACCAUCAAACUAGGAGGCGAGUUUGCUGGCCGGAACAGUACUAUUGCUGUGAAUUCUGAUGUCAUUGCAGCUUCGAUCAACAAGGAGUCCAGUCGUGUCUACUUGACCGAUCCAGUUCUCUUUACAUUGGCACACCUUGAUCCCAACAAUUAUUUCAACGCCAAUUGUUCCUUCUGGAACUACUCAGAACGAACUAUGAUGGGAUAUUGGUCAACACAAGGCUGCAAAUUGAUUGAUACAAAUAAAACACAUACCACAUGUGCAUGUAGCCAUCUAACCAAUUUUGCCAUCCUCAUGGCCCAUAGGGGAAUAGUGUACAAAAAUGGAAUGCAUGGGUUACUCCUCACUGUCAUCACCUGGGUGGGGAUUGUCAUUUCCCUUGUCUGCCUGGCAAUUUGCAUCUUCACUUUCUGUUUCUUCCGUGGCCUUCAGAGUGAUCGAAACACAAUUCACAAGAACCUUUGCAUCAACCUCCUUAUUGCAGAAUUUAUUUUCCUAAUUGGCAUUGAUAAAACAGAAUAUACGAUUGCAUGCCCAAUAUUUGCAGGCCUCUUACACUUUUUCUUCCUGGCAGCCUUUGCCUGGAUGUGCCUAGAAGGGGUGCAGCUCUAUCUCAUGUUAGUAGAAGUAUUUGAAAGUGAAUAUUCUAGGAAGAAGUACUAUUAUGUUGCUGGUUACCUCUUCCCUGCCACUGUGGUUGGUGUCUCGGCAGCUAUUGACUAUACCAGUUAUGGAGCAAAAAAUGCUUGCUGGCUCAAGGUUGACAAUUAUUUUAUCUGGAGCUUUAUUGGGCCUGUUACCUUCAUUAUUCUGCUGAAUCUUAUCUUCCUGGUGAUCACAUUGUGCAAAAUGGUGAAGCACUCAAACACUUUGAAACCAGACUCUAGCAGGUUGGAAAACAUUAAUAAUUACCGUGUUUGUGAUGGCUACUAUAAUACGGACUUACCUGGCUAUGAAGAUAAUAAGCCAUUUAUCAAAUCUUGGGCCCUAGGUGCAUUUGCUCUCCUGUGUCUUCUUGGCCUAACAUGGUCUUUUGGCUUGCUUUACAUCAAUGAGGAGACCAUUGUGAUGGCAUACCUGUUCACAGUAUUUAAUGCGUUCCAAGGAAUGUUCAUUUUCAUCUUUCACUGUGCACUCCAAAAGAAAGUACGUAAGGAAUAUGGCAAGUGUUUCAGACAUUCCUAUUGCUGUGGAGGAUUACCAACAGAAAGCCCACACAGUUCAGUAAAGGCAUCGACUACAAGAACUAGUGCCCGCUAUUCCUCUGGCACUCAGAGCCGAAUAAGAAGGAUGUGGAAUGACACUGUGAGAAAACAAUCUGAAUCUUCCUUUAUCUCAGGUGAUAUCAAUAGCACUUCAACACUUAAUCAAGGAAUGACUGGCAAUUAUCUACUAACAAACCCUCUUCUUCGACCGCACGGCACUAACAAUCCUUAUAACACAUUGCUCGCUGAAACCGUUGUAUGUAAUGCCCCUUCAGCUCCUGUGUUUAACUCGCCAGCAACCUACAGAGAGACAAGACAUUCACUGAACAAUGCCAGGGAUACAAGUGCCAUGGAUACUCUACCGCUAAAUGGUAAUUUCAACAACAGCUACUCUUUGCGCAAUGGAGACUAUAAUGACAGUGUGCAAGUUGUAGACUGUGGACUAAGCCUGAAUGAUACCGCAUUUGAAAAAAUGAUCAUUUCAGAAUUAGUGCACAACAACCUGCGAGGCAGCAACAAGAACCAUAACCUAGAGCGCACAUUGCCUAUCAAAGCUGUGAUCGGCGGGAGCAGUAGUGAAGAUGACGCCAUUGUAGCUGAUGCAUCUUCUUUAAUGCAUGGCGAUAACCCAGGCCUGGAGCUGCACCAAAAGGAACUUGAGGCCCCUUUGAUUCCUCAGCGGACUCACUCCCUUCUGUACCAGCCACAGAAGAAAGUGAAGACAGAAGGAACAGAUAGCUAUGUGUCCCAGCUGACAUCUGAAGUUGAAGACCACCUCCAGUCCCCCAACAGAGACUCUCUUUACACGAGCAUGCCCAACCUCAGAGACUCUCCUUACCCAGAGAGCAGUCCGGACAUCGAGGAAGACCUCUCUCCCUCUCGGAGGAGUGAAAAUGAGGACAUAUAUUACAAAAGCAUGCCAAAUCUGGGAGCUGGCCAUCAGCUUCAGAUGUACUAUCAAAUCAGCAGAGGCAAUAGUGAUGGCUAUAUAAUUCCCAUUAACAAGGAAGGAUAUAUUCCAGAAGGCGACGUUAGGGAAGGACAAAUGCAACUAGUGACAAGCCUUUAAUAGUGUAGCAACGGAAUACUGAAGGCCACUUGCAAGUAUUAUGCAGACUUAAGUGGCCCCAUGCAGGCUCCCUCAUACUCGCUUGAAGUGACAAUUCUGUUGUCCCCGUGGUUUCUCCAAUGCAGAGGAGACGACUGGACCUUGCAGUUCUGUGAAUUUUUAUAAAACAAAGCUUUGUAUAUACACAGAGUAUACUAAAAGAAUUAUUUGUUACAAAGAAAAAAAAGAGAUACCACCAAGGUAUUUUAAGAUAUCUUGCUGCUGACAUAAAAGAGAUUGUGAAAUAAAUACACACACACACGCAAACACACACACACAAAAUGUGUUUCAGCCAUUUUACUGCAGCAGUUUGUGAACUAAAUUUGUAAAUAUGGCUGCAUCAUUUUUGUAGGCCUGCAUUGUAUUAUAUACAAGACGUAGGCACUAAAAUCCUGUGGGACAAAUUUACUGUACCUUACUAUUCCUGACAAGACUUGCAAAAGCAGGAGAGAGAUUCUGCAUCCGUUUGCAGUUCACUGCAAAUCUUUUCCAUUAGGUAAAGAUGAAAACAUGUCUAACCACUAGCAAUCAAGCCACAGGCCUUAUUUCAUAUAUUUCCUCAACUGUACAAAGAACUGUUCUCAUGAAAAAAAUGGCUAAAGAAAUUAUAUUUUGUUCUAUUGCUAGGGUAAAAUAAAUAAAUACAUUUGUGUCCAAACGGAAAUAUAAUUGUCAUUAAAAUAAUUUGAAAGAAUUUGAAGAAAAUAUUGUGAAAUGCUCUUGGUUGCACAUAUACUACAAGCUGUUUUUCCUUACACUUGGUUCGUAGUACAGUAAUAUGUUUAAAAUGCAGUUCCUAUCCAUUUUUACUUUCUUUUCCACUGUAAACAGCGUUCUACUUCAACAUUAGUAUUUCUUAUGUUUUAAACCUUUGAUUGCCAAAACAACUUACUUUCUGGGAAGAACUCUCAUAGACAUCAACGAAUGCCACAUGCCUUGCACAAGUUUAGUAAAAACAACAGCCUUUUAGCAAGUUAAACUUGGUUCCCUUUUCAUACUUUAACCUGGGCAGAUUGGAAGGCAGCAUGGAAAAGGUUUUUUUAUCAUGUCAGAAGCUAGUUGAGAACAUGCUGCAAGCUGUUUCUGGUGUGAGAAUAGGCUGUCUACAAAGAUGUUGCCCAGGGGAUGCCCGGAUCUGUUACCAUCCUGCUGGGAGACUUCUCUCAUGUCCCCGCAUGGGAAGCCUGGGCUGACAGACAGGAGCUCACUCCAUCCCGCGGAUUUGAACUGCCAACCUUCAGGUCAGCAGUUCAGCCUGCACCCAUUACGCCACCUCAGUGAGGGCCCAAAGGAAGGCCAAAAUAUUAUUCGUGAACAUACUAGUAAAUUAAAGGUGCCUGGCCUUUCUAAGCUAAGAGAGAGCAUAUAAAUAUUAUUCUUCCAUACUCCUGCUGCCUAUAUUUAGUAAUUAAUUUAUUUUAUGAUAAGAGAUCUAACUAAAUGUACAUGGUUUCAGAUUUUUUUCGCUUCCCCUCCAAUCCCUUUGUGUAAACCUGUUAAUAAUGAGCCCAUCACUAAUAUCCAAUGUAAAGUUUAACACCUGUUUGACAGUAAAUAAAUGUGAUUUUUUUUCCAAA